AAUGACCAAACGCAAACCAGACGUCCCUUGGUUGAACAGGGCACUUAAGCGGCAGAUACGCAAGCGCGAACGCCUCCUUCGCAGGGCAAAGCAUUCUGGGGACAAGUCACCGUCUUCGCCUGCCUGGUUGGCUUACAGGAAAUAUCGUAACAAGGUUACCAAGGCACUAAAAGAAGCUCAUAAUCACCACCUGAACGAAGUUGUGGGCGGCAGCCUAGUUUCAAAUCCAAAGAAAUUUUGGAACUACGUUAAGAGCCGUCGAUCAGAAGUAUCAGACAUCCCUUCACUAAGGUCUAACGAUGGUGUCUCCAUAUCCCCGCGCGACAAAGCUCAGGUUCUCAACAAGCAGUUCCAAAGUGUGUUCACUGUGGACGACGGAGUUCUCCCUGGACUUGGCCCAAGCCCGUUUCCGCAUAUUAGUGAUAUCAUUUUCACCCCUACUGGCAUUAAAAAACAACUAGACAAUAUGCAGACAUGCAAGGCCUCAGGCCCUGAUGAACUUCCAGCACGCAUCCUACACGACUUGUCAAACUACCUAGCCAACAUGUUAUGCAUCAUCUUCCAACAGAGUUACGAUAAGGGGACGCUCCCUCUAGACUGGUCUACCGCCAAAGUAGUCCCAGUCCACAAGAAGGAUAACCGUGACAACCCCGGCAAUUACCGCCCUAUCUCUCUUACGUGCCUCUCCUGUAAAGUCAUGGAACACAUUGUGCUAAGCCAUUUAAACAAACAUCUAUCUGCUUUUAAUAUCCUGUCAGACCUGCAACAUGGCUUCCGCAGCGGUUUCUCCUGUGAGACUCAAUUGAUUCUUGCUACACAUGACUGGGGCAGCACACUUAAUUCUCAUGGCCAGGUAGAUGCCAUUAUGCUCGACUUUAGCAAGGCCUUCGACAAGGUGUCCCACGCAAAGCUAUCCCAUAAACUACAUCACUGUGGCAUACGUGGAAAGACUCUUGGUUGGAUUGAAGCCUUUCUAAACAACCGAAAUCAGUUCGUAGUAGUUGACGGGUCCCAUUCCAGUCAGGUUCCUGUGACAUCAGGUGUCCCCCAGGGGACCGUGCUUGGCCCAACCCUCUUUCUUGUGUUCAUUAACGACAUUGUUGACCAAUGCAGCUCGGUAACUUGCCUAUUUGCAGAUGACACAGUGGUCUACAGGUCCAUUCGAUCUCCAGCUGACCAUGUGUCCCUCCAACACGAUCUUUGCAACCUUGAAGCCUGGGCUCGGACUUGGCAGAUGGAGUUUAAUGCCUCUAAAUGCCAAUUACUGCUGAUCACCUUGAAGAGAAAUAGCAGCUUGUUCAACUACUCGCUAGACUCCCAGCUCCUGAAUUCUACAGACGAGCAUGACUAUCUAGGGAUCCGCGUUGCACACGAUCUCCGCUGGAGUAGGCAUUGUUGUAAAGUCUCUUUGAAAGCCAACAAGACUCUUGGAUUAUUACGACGUACCCUCAAACCCUGUUCUCAGAGUGUAAAGGAACGUGCGUACUUUUCAAUGAUAAGACCGGUCAUGGAAUAUGCUUCUCCAGUAUGGAACCCCUUCACGGAUAGAGACAUCAACAAAUUAGAGCAAGUGCAGAAAAAUGCGGCGCGUUUCGUUACUGGUACCUACGACCCCAGGGCAAGCUCAUCUGACCUUGUUAAAUCCCUGAAUUGGGACUCGCUUGAAGUGCGACGUCAGCUCGCCCAACUAUGCCUCUUCUAUAAAAUCCGCAACAAUUUAGUGAACAUUGCUCUACCUCAACAAUUUCAGCCAAACCUUCGACCGUCCAGAACAAACUCCUCUAAAUAUAACCAGAUUCAGUCCAAUGUACUUUCCCACUCAUACUCUUUUUUUCCUAGAACUAUCAGGACUUGGAACUUGCUUCCCUCCGAGGUUAUCGAGUCCUCGUCGAUUGACUCCUUUAAAUCAAGUGCACUGCCAGUCUUAAGAUCCUUACGGAUCCCUGGCCACCUUCGCCGCCUAUAAUACCUUGGCGCCCCCUAGAAAUAAGCGCAAGCUUUAAUAGGGUCUAACAUUUAAGCAUUUAAGCAUUUAAGCAACGAGAACGGCGACGACAGAAAACAAUUGAGAAUUUAAAGAGCCAGACCUGAAAUUUCCUUCAAACGACAAUGUGAAAACUCCAAGUUUCACGGUCUAGGGGGGACAGGAAGGUGUGCGCUAAAAAAAUGACUCCUUGUUCGCUAUGUUAGAAAUACGAUUCUAGGGUUUACUAUAAUUUUGGGAAUAUAUGAACGAGUGAAUUGUAUCCAAACUAGUUUAAAAUUGAAUGCAAAGUAUGAAAGCUGAUUUGGGGAUCACGUUCUCACAUUUGUCCAUGUAUUUCAUAUGCUUAGUAUGGUAAAAUUGUCAGAUAUGGCUAGGAUAUAAUAAAAGUUUGUUAACUGUUUUUAUUCUUUUUAUUUGUUUCAGUUUUACUGCACCAGAGAAUGGUGCUGUAAAUGCAGACAUUCUUAGGACUGUUUUGAGUACUGAAAAACAAUACUCAUCUGCAAUGAUCAGAGAAAUGGUUACAGCGAACAAAGGUCCUAAAGUACCCCACCUCCUUCACUGAGAAGGAAAAACAGAAGGUGAUGGCAGUGAUGAGAAAUCUGUACAUGUCUUUGGACAAGUCAAUGUCUGAGCCAUCCGAUAGUGAUGAGAAUGAGAAUAAUUCGUCAGGAGAUCUGGACAGCAGCAGUGAUAAAUCAAAGGUCCUCGUAACAAAAAGUCUCCCUUUGCGGAGCCGAGAUCUUAAUGAAAUUUUUCAAAGGCUAGACAAGAGGGUUACAAAAACAAAGGUCCCCUGAGGGUGAAUCGAUGGUAAUAGAGCGUAGACAGGGUCCACCAUCGUCCUGAAGUGCGCCUGCCAAUGCACCUGAAUUGGCAAUUUAAUAACGAAUUGCCCAUUCAAGUGCAUUGAAUUGCCCUUAUAGGACCUAGAUUUUGCAAUCCUUUUUAACAAGACCAGUCCAAUGUUUCUGAUAGAUUUUAAUAUAAACUUUGCAAACUUGUCUUUCUUUUUUACUUAAAAGUUGUUUCUGUUGAAAUUAAUCAACAUACUUUUUUAGAUUCAUUUAAAUAUUUGAGAAACUAUAAAGAUUAUUUGUUAUUAAUAGUAGAAAUGAUGGGUUAUCAAAAAUCAGCAAAUUGGGAAAAGCAAUUAAGACAGUUUAAAGUUAAUGUACCCCCCUUUGGGCACCUAGCUUAAAGGGAUUAAUUGCUCAAGCCAGCAUAUUGUAUUUCAGUUAUCUCUAGUCUUGAUUGCUAGCACACGUUCACAGCUUCACUCUAUAAUUCUUUGUUCUUUUCAACGUUUAUAUAUCAAGCUCAUAUUGUUUUUUCCACUGUUACGAUGCCGCGAGAAAAGAAAUGUCCAGGCUGCAAGAAGCCAGUAAAUGAUCAUGAUUUUGGCGUGCCAGGGAAACAUUGUGACGGUCCUGGGGGCGUUCCCGAAAUUCGGGGCAAUUCUACUACACGGAACGACGAACUGUUGAAUUCGCUCGCCGCCGCUGUUCAAACUCUCACGGCCGAGGUUCAAAGUUUGAAGGCCGAUCAUGCUAGCAGUCGUCAGUCCCAUUACUUGCCGCCCUCCGACGUUGCUUCGUCGUCGCGAUCUUCUAGAGAUGUAUCGCCGCGCCGUGCGACGACGGUUACUUUGCCCGAGCUUAGAGCCAUGGAUGACUUGGCCGACGCGGCAGAUCGACGUGUGGCUCAUGUUUUGCCCAUUGCAUCCAGUGUGUCCGAUGAGGAAGUUGAUAUGGGUGCGCUGGCUUCCUCUCCGUUACGGAAGCCAAAUAAAGCUGGUAAGUUGAAGUCUGGCAAGGAAGACCGUCCAACUUCAGAAGUUGUAGUUAAACAGUUGUGGCCGCAACGUUUUCUUUCCUUGACUCGUGCUAGUCAGGAGAUUACUUACGAACGUCUUACCAUGGCAGAAUUCGUGGCGGGGUAUGCACAGAUUCUACAAUUAUGAGAGAUCAGUUCGUUCGAGCGCGCCGAACGACACAAACAUUUGGUAACGCUGAUGUACCACGCACAGCUAUACGAAUGGGAGGCGGUGCUUGCCUUCCAUGGAGCGGUUUUGCUUGAAAUCGAACGUGGCUUAUUGAAGUGGGGUGAUUCCUUUUCCCACCUCGAAAGCAGAACCCUCUAUGGUCAGCUACUUUCACCGCCGAAAAAGCAGUCUUACAGUUCAGGGCCGACAUUGUUUUGUAGAGAUUAUCAACGCGAGAAGUGCAUUCAUACCAAGGAUCAUUAUGGUUACGUCCGAGGCAAACGUAAAUGGGUAAAACAUAUUUGUGCGGCUUGUUGGGUACAAUCGAGAAAACAGGAAUCGCAUAGAGAGGAUUCAUCUGAUUGUCCGCUUUCAGGGGAAUAAAAAAACUGAUAAACUUCGCCCUUGGUCAAGACAUUGGGGGCGUUCCUUCCGUUACUGUUGCUUCAUUUCCGGAUAUGUCGUUUUGUGCUUUGAAUGCUGAUGCUUGCUCCCAGCCGCUAAAGGCUGCAGUUCCUGACUGUCGUGGCUUUUCCACGGGCGCUGAUUAUAUUCAUGAUGUGUGUUUUCCUCAGCCGGUGGAGGCUGGUGUUCUAGACUGUCGUGGUUUUUCCACGGCCUUUCCUCGUGACUCUCAGCAGGCGAAUGAUUUUUAUUUGUACGCACAUGAGUUAGUUUUUCGUUCUGGUCGCCCGAACUUUGUGGUUUCUCGCCUGCCCGUUCCAAGUUCCCUAAAGAUCGAUACUUGGAGGACUUUGUUGUAUGAUUAUGACGACCAAAUGAUUUGUGAUUUCCUGGAGUUUGGUUGGCCGGUGGGUUUCACUGGCGAUACUGUUCCUAUUUUUGAUGCUCGCACUCACCGGGGUGCGCUCAAUUUUGCGACUCAAGUUUCAGAGCCUUUACAACGUGAAGUCUCGCUCGGUCGUGUCGCUGGGCCGUUUACGGAUCCUCCCUUCGGGGGUGGAUUUGUUACUUCACCGUUGAACACGGUUCCCAAGCGAGAUUCUGAAGAACGUAGGGUAAUUGUGGACUUGAGCUGGCCUAAGGGCGGUUCAGUAAAUGAUGGUAUUCCGUGUGAUAGUUUUCUGGGAGAUCCGUUCGUGACUUGUUAUCCCACUAUAGAUGACAUUGUGGAAGCGAUCGUGCAGUUUGGCCCGGGUUGUUUUCUCUAUAAGAGGGAUCUGCGGCAGGCGUAUAGGCAGUUUCCUGUGGAUCCCGGCGAUUACCGUUUACUUGGGUAUAUUUGGAAUGGACAUUAUUACUUUGACACUGUUUUAACUAUGGGGUUACGCUCUGCUGCUCAGGCAGGUCAGCGCGCCACCUCAGCGAUAGCUUGGAUUCAUCGACAGCAAGGAAAAGUUUUAUUUAAUUAUUUGGAUGAUUUCAUUGGGGUUUCUGAGGCUAGCUCUGCGACUUCCGAUUUUGAGCAGUUGGGGACUCUUCUCUCCUCUCUGGGACUGAUCGAAUCUGUUUCCAAAGCUUGUCCGCCUUCAUCGCUCAUGCUGUGUUUGGGAGUGAUGGUAGACACGAAUUCAUUUACGUUGUCAGUUAGUCCUGAGCGGCUAGCGGAGUUAGAGCUUCUCUUACAUGAUUGGAGGAACCGCAAAACUGCUCGCAAACGGGAGUUACAAUCCCUAGUUGGCAAACUUGUGUUUGUUUCAAAGUGUGUUGGUCAGAGUCGGGUGUUUAUCUCGCGCUUAUUAAGUCUGCUACGAACAGUUCAAUACAAUCAUCUUCACGUUAAUUUAACCGCGGAAUUUCGCAAGGAUAUUAUUUGGUGGUGUCAUUUCCUGCGGGAAUACAACGGAGUAUCUAUAAUUAGAACUACCUCUUGGAGUUCUCCGGGGGAAGUUUUUUCUACAGACGCUUGCCUGAUUCCUCGGCUUUGGCCUCUCUGCAAAAGGAUCUACGACAGACAUUACAAGCUGCUUAUAGCACAGGGACAUAUAGUAAUUUAAAGACUCAAUUUAAGGCCUUUUUUCUAUUUUGCUUAUAUUUUGACUUGACUCCAUUACCAGCAGACAUAGAUACGGUCUGUCUUUAUGUACAGUUUUUGAGUCGUUCGAUUGCACCAACUUCGAUUCGUAAUUAUUUAAGUGGGGUCAAGUUAUUACAUCUUUUUGCCGGUUAUGACUAUGCUAUGAUAUAAGGAUUUUAGUUUAUCCCUAGCCCUGCGGGGAGUUUCCCGUAGGAUACCACAUGUACCUCAGAGGGCUCCACCGGUAACUCCUAGCCUUUUAUUGCUAGUUGCGCGAACAGUAGAUUUUCAACAUGAUGCUAACUCUUCUACAUUGUAUUGCGCAUUUCUCUUUGCAUUUUUUUCUUAUGGCGCGUAUAGCUAAUAUCGUACCACGUUCUAUUAAGGCAUUUAAUCCUACCCGCGAUCUCACACGGGGUGAUGUUUUGUGUAACGAACACGGGCUUAUCGUCACGUUUAAGCAUACAAAAACUAUUCAGUUCGGUCAGCGUCGAUUACACAUUCCUCUGUUACGUAUUCCAGGCUCGUUAUCAUGUCCGGUCGCUGCCUAUAACAACAUGAUUCGCCUGGUACCCGCUUCUGCACGCAAACCGCUGUUUUUAUUGCUUGGUCAUUCAGGCCCGUUUGCUUUGACGAAGUCCCGUUUUGUUACCGAAUUUCGUCUGGCGCUUUGCUCAGUGGGGGUUGCUCAUGCUGACUCAUAUCGGGGUCACUCAUUUCGACGCGGCUGUGCCUCUUGGGCGUUUAACCACGGAGUACCAGGGGAAUUGAUACAGUUGUAUGGUGAUUGGGCUAGUGACUCUUACAAAUUGUAUUUAGAAUUUAGUAAUCAAUCAAAAUUGGCGCUUGCUUCCCAGCUACGUGCUUCCAUUCAGGCCAGUAGUUAGGCCUUCUGCACUGUUUUGUUGUUUGGCCGGUGGUUUGGUGGCAGAGAGGUUUAUUAUUAUUAUUUUAGUUUUUCAUUUAUCAGUUUGUAGUGAUUUUAUAAUAAACUUCUCUUAUGCCAAACACAAAACAGUGUCAGUGGUUUAUGUUGGGUUGAGGAAUUUACCCCCCUUUGGGCACCUAGUUUAAAGGGAUUAAUCGCUCAAGCCAGCAUAUUGUAUUUCAGUUAUCUCUAGUCUUGAUUGCUAGCACACGUUCACAGCUUCACUCUAUAAUUCUUUGUUGUUUUCAACGUUUAUAUAUCAAGCUCAUAUUUUUCCCGCCCUCCCACCCUGGGCUUUGUGUGAAGGGUGGCAGAGAGGUUUAUUAUUAUUAUUUUAGUUUUUCAUUUACCAGUUUGUAGUGAUUUUAUAAUAAACUUCUCUUAUGCCAAACACAAAACAGUGUCAGUGGUUUAUGUUGAGUUGAGGAAUUAACCCUAAUUUCUGAUGAAUGCAAUGGGCCUCAUCAAGGAUCAACGGCUCCCAAACUUUGCACAUGUUAAAAAACUGAUUACUUCUCCCAGAAUACGUUAACCCUUUAUAGCCUGUAAACCCCAUCCAGUGGCCUUACGAGGGAACGCCUGUAGACCACUACAGUGGCCUAAAACAAAAGCAUCCCGUCAAGCGAUUCUAUUGGUGAAAUAAUGACAGCUAUGAGGUCCUUUAUAUUCUAUCCAAUCAGAGCAGUGAAUUAGCCAUAAUUUGAUGCAUGUUUACGGAAGAUGUUGAAAAUACCACACAGCUACCAGGUGGUGCAGCUGAUGAGGUUCUCGAAGAAAUAGCCGUUGAGACAAACCGUAAUGCCGCACAAAAGAUGAGAAUCGGGAGUGGCCCAAAGUGGUACCCUACAACGAAUGACAAACAAAUCCGUCCUCUCUGAACGGCAUUAUUGGCCGAAAAAUGAAUUCCUUUUGGUAAAAAUGAUCAAGGAUGUCAUGCCAAGUGAUAGAUACUUAAAAAUCACGCAGUAUCUUUAUACAACAACUCGAAGGCAAAGCCACUCAGAGCAUGAAAAGCUUUACCUCAUCUGGCCACUCUUAACGAAUCUUGGGGAAAGUUUUCUUGUCGGUAUAAACCAAACAGGGAAAACGCGAUCGACAAGGGCCUUGUUAAAUUCAAGAGACGGCUUACCUAUAAGCAGUAGAUGCCGAUGAAGCCUGUAAAGUGUGUCAACGUUAGGUUUCGCACGGACUCCAUUACACACUACCUGUCAUGCUUCCAGGUCUACACAGGCAAACCACCACAAGGCCAAGAGUUUGGGCUCAACAGAAGAGUUGUGGAGGAACUUUCAACCGAUUUGAUCGGCAAAGGAACAAACACCUUUAUUUCUACAACUUCUUCUCCAUUGUCGGUUUGAUGUCAUCGCUCCUUGACCGCAAAAAAUUCCCGAAGAAAAUGAACCAUUCAAGUUGAAGCAAGGGGAGAGCAAAGUAAUGCAGAAGGCAGGAAUGUAUGCAUGUGUGUGGCAGGACAAGAGAAAGGUUUUCUUUCUCCCAACAAAUGCCCAACCGAUCGGCAAAGAAACUGGCAACCGAAAGAACAAAGAAGGGAGUUUGUGGAAAAGGAGUGCUCCCCUGUGUGUCGUUGUUUACAUCAAGUACAUGGGGGGAAUAGAUUAUGCAGACCAGAAUACCUUAUAUAGCUAGAAAAACCUGUUUACGAGACCAUUGACUCACCAAUUUAAUCUUGUAACAUGUAUCAUUUGAAUUUUUGUAUUUUAAGCAUUUAGAGAUGUUUUAUUGAGAUAUGUUGUAAAAAUUUAAUCAAUUUUCACGCUUAUGCCCAAUUUAUCAUGGGCGCUAUGCACGUUGCAUUUUGCUAAUAAGUUCUAAAAUGUCAUUGUUGCUUAAGCAUAAUUUUUCUUGUAGUAUUUCAAGCAAUAUAAAUCUAUUAAAAUCCCUCCCAUUUAAAAUUGCCUUGACCAUGUUGUUAUUUUAAUGCUGUCAGCCAUUUUGGCUUAGGCACAGGACCUGUCCCCCUUAUUUGCCUGUUUUUGAAAUAGAUUUUACAUCUGAGAGGAAAAAAGGGAACUUUUGCUGAAAAGUGGAAUCACCUCAACCACAGCUAGACAAAUGCCUUCACACAGGCCCAGUAUUUCAAACACCUCGAAAUAGCAGAACCAAUCCUUUUAAAACAAUGGCACCAGUGUAACAAAACCUGCUAUUCUCUCUUGUUGCCUCACACAGGCCCAAGAUUGUGACCAUCUUGUAAGAGCAGAACCGAUUAUUUCAAAACAUUACUAACAGUGAAAGAAAACCUGCUAUUCUUUCUCUGGUUACUUCCUUAAGUGAAAUGUUCGUCCCAAAGACAAGACAGCAACUUUGUGUGAGACACUUUCCGAGUUUCUGAGCCUUGACUUUGAAAGCGUGGUGUUGAAGUAGUUCACCCCACAUUUGAUUUCAAAAGUUUAUCCCACAUUAGAUUAGUUAUUGAUAUAUUGAUUGUAAUUGUGUAUUUUGUUUAUAUAGAUUUGCAUCACAAAGAAUAAAGCUACCCAGAGUGCUCUGCUUGAGUGCACAUUUGUCAAGUUGUCACGAUAAAUUAGAAACUCUUGCAGACUUAUUUGAGAACACACACAACCACUACAAGAGAAAUAAGACUUUGUAAGACAACUCUUAAAUUUUCUAAAAAAAAAAUAAGAUUUUUUUAAGGCCUUAAAAACGUAAAAUUCAUUUUAAGACAUUGCCUUAUGAUUUGAUAAUAAUGAGUGCAAGUAAAUAUGUGAACAUUAGUUAUGGACCCAAAUGUUUUUCGCAUGAAGCGGCAAGAAAAUAGAAUGAAUAACCUAAAGGUAUUAUGACUAUAAAAAUUACAAACUUUAUAAGAAACAAAUAAGUAAAAUAGCUGGCCAUUUCUAGGAUUUUUUUAUAUAAAAUUAUAACCUUUAUACAUAAAUAACCUUUAUACGUAUUGUAAAUGGUAAUCAAUUUAGUUCGUACUGUAUAGAUAAUUUUAUCUAUUUUCAUAGUAAUUAAAUUUGAAUUUGUAAUAUUUUGUAGUUUAUGUUCUAUUUUAUAUAUUUAUGUAUCAAAGUGACUAUUCCUGUAAAUUAGCUGUCCGACUAGGCCCUGUUGUUUAGAAGAAUUCACUUCUAUGGAAGAUAAAGCCAAAAGCCUGGAAGCUACAGGUUAGUAAAAUAUUAUAGUUCGCUUAUGAUCAGAUUUAGACCUGUAUUUUCAAGCUUCUAUUAACUUCGAGUCCUUCCUACAUCUUCAAUGUAUACUUCAAGUGCAUAAUCUAUUUAAUUUGUGAAUUUGGGCGCGUGAAUUAUGGCAUUUAAAACAUCGUUUUUACGUCCGCCAUUGUUUUGGUCUGAUCGCUCUAGAUCUCUUGAGCCCGCGAAAAGGAUGCGGUUUCUCCGUCACAUACUCAAUACGCUUCGCGAGCUCAGACGCCGCUUCUAGUUGAAAAUACUCAAAGAAUUUCUUUUAUCUCUACACUUUCCGAACUAAAAUCUUAUGGCUUCGUUAACGAGGCAGCGUAGUAUUUCAGAAAGCAAAGAGUUAUCUGAAAGCUCUAGUUUUGAAUCAGAGUCGGAGCUUUUGGAUAGUGAAUUUCAUGGCUACGACGAAAGUCUCGAUCCCGUCCCAAACGAGGAAGAGGCUGCUGAAUACAAGCAGCAACUCCACGAGGAGAAUGAGCAAGAAGAGGAGCUCCUCCGAAGAUUUUCAAGGGAGCAAGAUAUUUCCACAUGGUAGGUAUUUUUAUAUUGUUGAUUUGAAGUUUCGUAACGACCAACUGCUCAUGGUGAUUCAUUCUCAAUUUUACCAGGUGCGAGUGCUCGAACUGUUCGCUCAAGUUAUUUAUUAGUCACAAAGAAAGAAUGCCGAUGAUGCACAGAGUUUGCAACAUGCAGCGAAAAAUCAGAACAAGUUGGUUUGGAGGGAUGCAUUGUGAAUUGGGUUUCAGUGUGAAUUGCCUCAAUGAGUGGAUACUACGAACAGCAGCUGUUGGACUAAAAACAAGGAAGAAAAAAUCCUAUACUUCUGUCAAAUCUG